UCGUGACAUUCGUGUUGACUGUUGGUGUUGAUUUAUCGGAUGUAUCCUUGAGUUAAUUGAGUUUAUUUGCGAAGAAACUUGCCUCUAAGACUAAUCAGUUGAUAAUAAACCGCAUUAAAUACAAAAGGACUAGCACAGGAAAGACUUAAGUCGCCGACCACCGCGACGGACGGACGUCUAACAUGUUGCUUCUCGUGUUGUGCCUCGCGGCCGCCACCGCCGGCUAUGUUGAUAAACAAGCCCCCCCGCAAUGGAACCCCGUGUACUCAGUGAAGGGCGAGCUGAUGAUUCCCUACGCUGAGCUGAUCGAGCCAUUUUCUUCCUGGUUUGACAGCAAGAAUGGCAAGUCCCGCAUCGAUUACUACGGUCAGAUGGUCAAGACCUACCAGAUGACCUCAACAGUGUACCCGAAAUACGGCACGAUGAUCAAAAUCGCACCUGUUACUACAGAAACUGUUCUCAAUAAAGAGACGUGUCUGCAAGUGAACGGGACGGACGGACAGAUGGUCAAUAUACAAAACGUCCUCCCGGAUAUGACGGACUUCAAGUACAUAGGUACUGAAAACAUGCGUGACACCGAGGCCACAAAAUGGCGGAUGACGACCACCAUAGGUGACAAGAUUAAUAAAUACACCAUGUGGGUCAAAUACAAAAAGGAUUUGAAAGGCGACGCCCUGCCUAUACCUAUCAGAUACGAGAUGAAGGGCUUCAACUCCCUGCUGGGCUCUCACUACGACCACUACUAUAUCGAGUACAGUGACUACGAUGUCGAGGACAUUAACCCCGACGUGUUUAAAGUUGACCCGGGUAUGGAGUGCACUUCAUUCCCCGGGCCCGGCGUCCGUCACAUGGCCACUUUCAACCCCAUGAAGGAGUUCGUGCACCCCGUGCACGAGGGGCACGUGCACGACGAGUUCAACAGAUUCAAAAACAAGCACGGCAAGACUUACCACAGCGAUGUGGAACACGAAAAGCGAUUAAACAUCUUCCGUCAGAACCUGCGCUUCGUUCACUCGCAAAACCGCGCACGACGAGGGUAUACUAUGGCCGUCAACCAUCUGGCAGACAGGACUGAUGAUGAAAUGGCCGCGUUGAGGGGCAGGAAAUAUAGCGGACCCAACCCAGGUCUGCCGUUCCCGUACGCGCGGGACGACGUGGAGGAGGAGAGCGACAAGCUGCCGUCCGAGCACGACUGGAGACUCUUCGGCGCCGUCACCCCUGUUAAAGAUCAAUCAGUGUGCGGGUCGUGCUGGUCGUUUGGCACCGUGGGGGCCGUAGAGGGAGCUCUGUUCCUCAAGAACGGGAACCACCUCGUCCGCCUCAGCCAGCAGGCGCUCGUUGACUGCUCCUGGGGUUUCGGUAACAACGGGUGCGACGGUGGCGAGGACUACCGCGCGUAUCAGUGGAUCAUGAAACACGGCUUACCCACUGAGGAAGAUUACGGCGGCUAUCUGGGACAGGACGGUUAUUGUCACAUCGAUAACGUGACCCUGGUGACCUCCAUCAAGGGCUGGGUCAACGUCACCACCAACGACGAGAAAGCUCUAAGGCUGGCCAUCUUCAAGCACGGCCCCAUCUCGGUGGCCAUCGACGCCUCGCACAAGACUUUCAGCUUCUAUUCUCACGGCGUUUACUACGAUCCCGAAUGCAAAAAUAAAGUGGAUCAGCUCGACCACGCGGUGCUGGCGGUCGGGUACGGCGUCCUCAACGGACAGAAAUACUGGCUGGUUAAAAACUCAUGGUCCAACAUGUGGGGCAACGACGGAUACGUGUUAAUGUCGUCCAAGGACAACAACUGCGGCGUCAUGAGCGCGCCCACCUACGUACUCAUGUAGAUUGCAUGUCUAGAGGGGAUGGAAAAUCAUGUUAAAAUCAAUAAAAUUACUAAAAAUUAAAAAGAGAAUUUAGAAAGAAUACCACAUUACCACAAAACGUCAACCUGCCCACAAAAUGGCACUAGAAUGACUGAAACGGAGACGUUUCGCGCUUGCUCGGUCAAAAACGCCAGUCAGUCAGUCAGUUAAAAAAGUGACCUCCAAAAAUCUUAAUUUGGCCGACAUAGUCAACAAAAAUCAUCAAUGGACCAUUUAAGAAACAAUUCAAACCUUAACACCCUUAUAAAGUAUAAUUGAGUGAUGCAACUCACGUAUUGCAUAAGUAAAGUGGAGUCCAGACGGGAUUUUGUCGACGUCAGAAACGAAAUUGGCGUCAAUCUCCAAUUUAUUCCUCAAUGAUUUAAAUUAAACUUUUAAUUGUAUAGUAAAUUUAACAUUCCACUUUCUUUCUUAUUUUAGUAAUAGUAUCUCUACAAUCCAUUUUGGCGCAGGUUUUUCUAUGUAGAUAUCACUUUUUUUUAGUUAAGGUGCGAUGGGGUAAGAUUGAAAGGUUUUUUAAUGCGGGGUAAGAUGAAAAGUCGCCAGUAAUGCCGUAGUAACUAUUUAUUAAUCUGUGGUAAUGCUUCGGCAUACGGAUUUUUGUCUUACUCAUGAAAAACCCGUUCAAUCUUACCCCAACGCACCUUAUAAUAUUUGGUCUUGUAUACUACGAAAGUUGUAGUGAUAUCAAUUUAAUAAUAGAUACUUCUAAAGGUAUUAGUUACGUCAAAAUGAAAAGAUCUAGAGCAAUCCAUGUCAUUUAUAAUGUGUAAGUUUAUUAUAGUAUAAGUUCUUAAAGAUUAGAGCACACCGGCUGCGUGUGCGUGUGUUAAUAUGUUGGAACAGUGCACGCAAACGGUGUGCCGUCUCUCAUACGAAUCUGUAUAUUACAAUUCGCAAGUGCGUGUCCGUAGACGCAUCCGGUGUGCACGUGAUUUAAAACUGUGUAGACAUUUAAAAGAGGUUUGGUUACCCACGGAAUAAAAAUAAACAGUCGCCUUUAA